AUGGAAGACCUGUUUACAGUCGUAUCCGCUGAUCUGGUGGCCGCUGUCAGUUUUGAUGAUGCGGUAGAUUUGACGGAGACUGAUGAACUACAACUUCGGGGCUCAAUCUACUCAGCCCUCCAAACAGUGGCUCGGGUUUCGGCUUGGUUGAAUCAUUUCUCCUGGGUUACGGGUCUAAUCAACGCCAUCCCCACAACUCUCCUCUUGCGGCUGGCCCCGGCGAUGGCAACGAAUAAUCGCUUGUAUUUGCUCGUUAAAAAGCAAUUUGACUCCUCCCGUGCCGCGCGCAUCUCGACGUCCAAGACCACUGUCACCACCUCAGACGACGAAUUGACAGACGAACUUCUCAGUCCCGACACCAAGCUCAUUGCCCAUCUUCUGAAUAGCAACCUACCCCCACACGAAAGGACUCCCGAGAGGGUCUGCGCGGAGAUCCUCACAAUAUUCAUGGCGACCAUCUUCAACAUACCACGGGUAAUGAUGGUGACUACAUAUCAUAUCUUGGCCAAUUCAGACACCAAGUAG